GGUAACCAAGUGAGUGCCAAUAGGGUCAGAUUCCAUCGAGUGUCAGGACAGUGCAGGCGAUAGAUCGGGCUAAUAAUAUUUCCCUCAUUUCGUGGAGAUUUUAAAGACAUGGCCUAACUUGGUACAAAUUUUGUGUGUUGAGAUUGAGUUUGGUAACCACGGACGUAUUUAAACAACAGUAGUACAUAGUUUUGAAGUCUGUUACGAGACAUGCCUACUUUAUAAACCUUUAAUAAGGUAAAGCCCCAGCACGUCAAGGACUACUGCACAGGACCAAACGUAUAUUUUUAACUUCAGCAAAAUGGGCGAUUUAAGACCACCAAAAACAUCCCAAUCAAGACCACCAGCCUCAUCCGAUUCACUGACAAACCAGGAGAUAGAAUUGUUAAAUGAAACAUUUCCAAAUUUCUUGUGUAUCUGUGAACUUUGUAAUUGCGGCCGACAUGUUCAUCACAAGGACUGCAAAAAACGCGGCAAACCAAGCAAACCUGUCGAUAUGGACUGCACGCUCAGUGACUAUCAAAGAACGUAUGUACCUUAUCCUGGGAACCAGCGAAGGUUACCCAUCUUCCCCACUAUACCACAACGAAAUCCCCAUCCAGCUCCGAUGGACCUAAACACCAUUCAACGGACGGAUUUCAUCCAGCGCGGCCAGGUGGUUAAACCAGAGAGAGUCACCCAGAAACAUACUUACAAACCGACAGAUGCACCAUUGGACGGAAACACAGUGUAUAAAGAAACUUACCCAGGUCAUGUGUCGUUUCCGAACAUUCAAAUGCGUCGGCCUAGGACGCAGCAAGGCCGAGGGAUUUUUUCGGCAAAGUUCGAUUCCCGAACCACGAACAAAGAACAGUUCAAACACUGGAACAGUCACCCAGAGCCCGCAUUCAGUGAAUACCCAUGUUUCACAGGCUCCAUUAUUUACCCUGGGACAAAAAUGGAACAUAUGGAAUCAACAACCCAGCACGACUUUCCAGGCGCUGUUGCUGAACCAGUGAAAAUGGUUAAAAUCACCGAUGGAAACUUAUCGUUAGAGGGAAAACAUGAUCAUUUGACUGUCCAUAAAGCUACAUACACCAACAACGGACUUGGCCACCGAGCGGAGCGUAUAAAACACGAGCCGACUAUAAAAAGCCGCGGAAAGUUCCACGGCAAGACACAACAUAUGCGCGACUUCCCAACGUACAAGAGUCAGCCUCUGCCGGUAAAACCAAUCACGCCCCCACCGGCAACAAUACGUCUUAGUAUGGAUUCAAGGUUGGAGUUUAAGACAGAACAGCAAAUGGAAUUUGGAGGAUACGACGUAAAACAAAAUCCGAAGCGAGGAUUGAUCCGUCACGAUAUAGAUGAAUACAAACCACCAGAAGUUAGCUUCGAAACAGAUACCGUCAACAAGUUGACAUAUCGACCGAUCGAAGUAAGAGACGCACCAACUCAUCGCCGACCGCACACCAAUCACAAACCGCGCUCAGCAAAGUUUAAUGACCAAACGAUAAACAAAAAAUUCUACAAAGAUUGGAAGGUCAAGCCCAGGAUACGAUAUGGUGACUUUCAUGAGGCCCACUCCUACGUCAAGCCGCAAGGUAGCAUGGAGAUUGAGUCUUGGACAGGCGCAACAUACACAACUAAGAAGCCUGAUCCGGACCCUGUACGAAAUUUCAAGCCAGAGCAGACUGCAAUCGAGCAUACGGGAAAGUUCGAUUUUACUACAGUACAUCAAGCCACUUAUAAAGGUACGCGGCCUAAGAUGUGUAAAGCGCAGGCGUACCUUCUUCAGCAAGAACUAAAGAGGAGGAAGCCCCAAAAGGUGAAGCAGAGGGAACAGACACUAGGGAAUUUUGUCGACAAAAAGAAGGAAAUGUUGGCAGCGACUUAGUGGCCUAAUUUUCUAAAACUGGUGUCACAUCCUGAUAAUUCCUGUCACGAAUCGAACUUUCACCCAGUGUACGUCCCUGGUUAGAUCGCCGACUGGUUCUGCAUUGUUAUAGAGACUUGGGAAUGUCAACCUGGUUCCAAUUUAUUAAAAAUAUGGGAUGCAAUCAACGGAACUGAUAUAACCUUUAAUAGUACUUUUUCCUCUGAGAACAAACGAUCUGUAUUCAAUACGGGCCCACGUUUUCGCAAAUUCAUUCAUAAUAUUUAUUUUUAGAUUUACGACCAUCGAUUUAGGCUUAUAUAAUAAUUUACACACACUUCAAUUCACUGUAACAGACGCAAUGGGGACCGUAUGGUUACCCCCGUUCCUUAAAAAAAUAACAUAAGGUGCCACAAAAAAUAUCUAAUAUAUCUAUUCGUACUUAAUGUCCCAAGAUGUCACAAGUACCACACAAUUUGUGGUUUCUGGCGUCGUUGUAAC